AUGGAUAAAGAUACAGGUAUUGAACAAUUAACAUCACAUUGGAGUAAUGGUUUACAUAUAUUUUUACAAUUAAAAUAUUGUAGUUUUAUAAAUGAUGAAUGUUUAAAAGCCGUAUUUAUGUCAAAUAUGAAUUUUUUUAAACGUUAUAAUAAUUUAAGAGGUAUGACUGGUACAAUUGGUGAUAAAGAAGAAAGAGAAUUAUUAACAUUAGAAUAUGAUGUUGAUUGUUUUGAAUUACCACGUUUUAAAAAAUAUCGUUUUAAAUAUGAAAAAAUGAAAGAAAUUGUAUGUAGUAGUGAAAGGGAAUGGUACGAAAAACUAAUUGAAGAUGUAAAUGAAAAAAUGGAAUUAAAAACUAAUAAAAUGAAUAAUAAUAAUAAAGAAGAAAUAAAUAACAAUAAAAUUCAACUAGAAGAACGUUAUAAAAUGUUAAAAUUAAAAAUAGAAAAGACUACGACUCAACUUAAUGAUGAAUUUCAAAAAAAGAGUAGUAUAGAUAAACGUAUGAAAACAUUUAAAGAAAUGAAAAAUACACUCUUAAAUAGAAAAAUACAAAAUCAGGAAGAUUAUGAUGACAAUGACGACUAUUCUCAUCAAAACGAAAUAUGUGAAAUAAAUAUAAAUCAAGUAAAAAAUGAAUUUGAUGAUAUAAAUGAAACUAUAAUUGAUUUAGAAGAAUCUUUAAAUCUUUAUAAAAUACAAGAAUCUGAUCUCAUCAAAAAUAUUCAAAAUUAUGAAUUAUUAUUAAAUACUGAAAAUUCAGUAGAUCAACGUCGAGCUGUACUUAUUAUAUGUGAAAAUAUUGUUAAAUUAGAAAAAAUUUCAUUACAAGUGAGAAAAGAAUUUCAACAUAAAGGGAAUAAAAUUUAUACAUAUGAUAGAGCAUAUAGAAAAUUUGAAAAAAGUCAAUUAAAUUGUGGUGAUAUUAUAAUUGCAACGAAUAUUGCUGGGCGUGGUACUGAUUUGGAUAUUGAUAAGUUUCUUGAAAGAAAUGGUGGUUUACAUGUUAUAUUAACAUAUACACCAAAUAAUUUACGUGUUGAAAAACAAGCAUUUGGUAGAACAGCAAGAGCGGGAAAACGUGGCACUGGUAUCUAUAUUGUUUAUGAUGAACGUAAAUCAAAUAAUUGUAUACCCAAUUUGACUAUUGAUUAUCUUUCAGAUGUAAGAAAUGAAAAUGAAAAAGAAAGAGUAAAUCAAAUUGUUACAAAAUCAUUUCAUAAAAUUAAAAUUGAAGAUGAAUUAUUUGGUAAAUUUGAUGUAUUUAAAAAUGAAUUAAAUAAAAUAAUUGAAAGAAAAUAUUUAAAUUUAAAAGAAAAUGAAUUAAAAGAAAAUUACUUUGAAUUACAAAUUAAAAGUUUACAAAAUAAAUGGGCAUUUUGGCUUAAUAAUAUGGAAGAAAAACUUGAAUAA